CAAACGAACAAGUUCGACAGCCACAACUACAACCAAAACCACAAGUCACAACCACAACUCACAUCUCAUCAAAAUGGGCUCUACACAACACCCCGAUUUCGAGGAGAACUUUCUGCUGAAGCCCUCGAAGGUGGACGAUCUGUUCAAGUUCUUGGACGAAAUAGCUAAGGCUAACAAAAUGGAAAAGAAGAAGGACGAGAAGGUCGAGGUGGACUUGAGUGCGGGUGUUACGGAAACCAAUUUUUUGGUCAUGGAACGCUGCCCUCUGGGCUUAAAGAAGCCGAGCUUCAAGAAAACUAGCGUUGUGUCCAAUCUCAACCAGAUGACCUUCAUGCGCCAGAUCGAUAUGACUUCGGAUCAGCGCAAUACCGCUCGGAUAGAGCGAGUACGCGUUGCAAACAAUUAUCGCAGACUCGGCAACGCGGAGUUCCGAAAGCCCAACUACGAAAAGGCUAUUGAGAUGUACAGCAAAGGUCUGCAAUACAUAUCCGAUACCGAAGUGCUCUACCUCAAUCGCGCUCUGUGCUAUGUUAAAAAACGUGAAUACAAACGGGCCAUAAUCGACAUAGAUUUUGUGUUGUACCACCUGGAUUUCCAUAGCUUGCGAGGCUGGCUCUAUAAGGCCGGCACCCUGAAGCGCAUGAACAACGAGGCUGGCUAUAAAGAGUGCGCUGAUAAUGCGCGCCGAUUCAAUAGGGAAUUCGUCGGUUUUGUUGAUAAAUUCCUAGAAAAAAUGAGAACAGAUUUUUGAUUUUUCAAAUUUUAUCAUUUGACUAAAUGCAAAUGCUAAAAAUUUUGUUUAUUUAGGCAUUUCGUUGAAAUACGAUUCGUUUUACAUUCACUCUCCAUUGCAUAGAAUAACUAA